CUUAAUAUUUUGCCUUUCCGUCAGACUUGGCAACUGAGGUCAUCCUUAUAUUGAUUGAUUUCGACCAGCUGAUCUUUGUUUUGCAACCAUUUCGUAAAUCGGGGUUUGUACCACAUAAUAGAAAAUGUUUCAAAAAUUAAUAUUUUUAAAUAAAAACUGUUUAAUAAGAACAUAUGCGACAAAAAUACAAACAGCAAAAGCUUUAAAAGGAAAAUGGAAAAGUGUAGUUGGUUUGGAAGUACAUGCUCAGAUAGCAACCGAUUCGAAAUUAUUUUCUGGUAGUGGAACUACAUUUGGAUCACCUUUAAAUUCAGCAGUGUCCUAUUUUGAUGCUUCCAUACCGGGAACAUUACCAGUACUAAAUCGUAAAUGUGUGGAGUAUGGUGUUAAAACAGCCUUGGCUUUGGGUUGCAAAAUAAAUCAAGUUUCAAUGUUCGAUCGCAAACAUUAUUUUUAUGCGGAUUUGCCGACAGGUUAUCAAAUAACUCAACAACGUGCAGCUUUGGCAAAUAAUGGUCAAAUGACAUUUCCUGUCAUACAACCGGGCAAAAAGAUUUAUCACAAAACUGUCAAAUUAUUACAAUUGCAGUUGGAACAGGACAGUGGCAAGUCACUGCAUGAUGAUGAACUUAAAAGAAGUCUGGUGGAUUUAAAUCGUGCCGGUUUACCACUUAUGGAAUUAGUCUUUGCGCCAGAUCUAGAAACUGGCGAAGAGGCAGCAUCUUUAGUUAAAGAAUUGAUACUAACAUUGAAACGCUUACAAACCUGCUCUUGCAAAAUGGAAGAAGGUGCUCUUCGCGUAGAUGCUAAUAUUUCAAUACACGAAGAAGGUGAACCGUUCGGUGUUCGUACUGAAGUUAAAAAUAUUGGCUCAGUACGUAGUAUUUCUCAAGCUAUUACCUAUGAAAUCGAACGUCAAUUUGAUGUUGUAGCUCAGGGUGGUAUUAUUACCAAUGAAACUCGUUCUUGGGAUGCUGAAAAUCGUUGCACUGUAGCUAUGCGUGAUAAGGAAGUUUUACAAGAUUAUCGUUUUAUGCCAGAGCCUAAUUUGCCACCCUUGAUUUUGAAUAUGUCGGAUGAGAAGACUAACAGCAAUGAUCCCUCUUCAUUGGUUUCAGUGCCGGCUGUUGCAAAAGAGUUACCGGAGUUACCAGAAGAUACUAGAAAACGUUUGGUGGAGGAAUAUAAACUUAAUCAGGAAGUAGCAAUUAUAUUGGUGAAUGAACCCAUACUACUGGAACAUUUUAUGAAUAUUAUUAAAAACUUACCCGCCAUACCAAAAAAACUUGUAACAAACUUCCUUAUUAAUGACUUUUUAACUUAUUGUAAUAAAGACAUUGAUUUGGAUAAAUGCCAUGUGAAUUACAACCAUUUAAAGGAUAUAUUGAAAGCUUUACAUGCAGAAGAAAUUAAUUUACAAGCGGCCAGAAAAUUAAUUGAAUUAGUUACAGAUUCUGCAACAGAAAUUGAUAAGCUUAUAAAAACUCACAAUCUGCAACAAAUUUCCGAUAUUGAAACAAUUGAGGAAUAUUGUAAACAAGCUUUGACCAAUCAAUCUAAGGCGGUUAAACAAUAUCAAAGUGGUAAAACGAAAGCUUUGUUUGCUAUCGUGGGUGAAGUGGCUAAACUAUCGGAACAAAAAGCUAAUAUGAAAAUUGUUGUUAGUUGCUUAGAAAAUUUGCUUAAACAGAAAUAAAACCAUUGUUGUUAUAAAUUA